AUGGGAUCCACAGGACAAAACCUCCCACAGGAGAACCUCACUGCAUUGGUGGGAUUCAUUCUGCUUGGCUUUUCUGAUGUUCCUGACCUCCAAGGAUUUCUUUUUGGGGUGUUUCUGAUCAUCUAUGUGAUUAUUCUGAGCAAUAGCCUCAUUAUCAUAAUAACCAAGAUUGAUCCUUCUCUUUACACCCCCAUGUAUUUUUUCCUUAGGAACUUUUCUUCUUUGGAAAUAUGUUAUGUGUCAGUCACUAUCCCCAGAUUAUUAAUAGAUCUUUGUAGACAAAAUAGAGAUAUUUCCUUUCUGGCCUGUGCUAUUCAAAUGUAUUUCUUUCUCAUCUUGGGAGCCACUGAGUGCUUCAUUCUGACUGCAAUGGCUUAUGACAGGUAUGUUGCCAUUUGCAACCCGUUGCUCUACCCUCUCAUCAUGAACAAUAGGCUGUGUAUCCAGUUGGCAGCUGGCUGUUGGAUCAGUGGUAUUCCAGUCCAUGUAGGGUUCACCUACCAGAUCUUCUCAUUACACUUCUGUGGAUCUAACCAGUUGAAUCACUUUUUCUGUGACAUACCUCCAGUACUUAAGCUUGCCUGUGGGGACACUUUUAUGAUUAAGAUGCUGAUUUAUGUGUUUACUGUUCUAGUUGUCACUAUUCCUUUUAUGUUGAUACUGGGAUCUUAUGUGAAUAUAAUCUCAACCAUCCUGAAGCUGCCAUCAGCAACUGGGCGAGCGAAGGCCUUCUCCACCUGUUCUUCUCAUCUCAUGGUUGUGGCUUUAUUCUUUGGAUCAGGCAUCAUUACAUAUUUGAGACCAAAGUCCAGCCGUUUAACAGAAAUGGACAAAUUCCUUUCUCUUUUUUACACCAUCGUAACACCAAUGUUUAACCCUAUAAUAUAUUGUCUGAGAAACAAAGAUGUUAUGGUGGCACUGAGAAAAUUCCUACCGAAAUGGAUUGUGCUAUGA